UGGAGCCACCAAAGCGGAAAUGCGGCAGGAAUUGUGCUGUCUCUUUCUUUUUCUUUCGUGAAGCCGUCGAAUCAACACGCAAAAUGACUUCCAAAGUCUCAAAGGAUAUCUUGUACGAGUGCGUCAACGAGGUGCUCACCAAAUCUCAAGAGAAGAAACGUAACUUCUUGGAAACCGUCGAGCUCCAAAUUGGCUUGAAGAACUAUGAUCCCCAAAAGGACAAGCGUUUCAGCGGCACUGUCAAAUUGAAGUACAUCCCCCGCCCCAAGAUGCAAGUCUGCAUUCUCGGCGAUCAACAACAUUGUGACGAAGCCAAGGCCAAUGACGUUCCCUACAUGGAUGCCGAAGCCUUGAAGAAGCUCAACAAGAACAAGAAGUUGGUCAAGAAAUUGGCAAAGAAGUACGACGCUUUCUUGGCCUCGGAAUCUUUGAUCAAACAAAUUCCCCGUUUGUUGGGUCCCGGCUUGAACAAGGCCGGCAAGUUCCCUGGUUUGUUGGCACACAGCGAAUCGAUGACACAAAAAAUCGACGAAGUCAAGGCCACCAUCAAGUUCCAAAUGAAGAAGGUUUUGUGCUUGUCCGUUGCCGUUGGACACGUCAACAUGACGCCCGAUGAGCUCGCCCAAAACGUUCACUUGUCAAUCAAUUUCUUGGUCUCGUUGCUCAAGAAGCACUGGCAAAACGUCCGCUCGUUGCACAUCAAGUCAUCCAUGGGACCACCACAACGUCUCUACUAAACAUUCAUGUGUAUUGGAUUACAACUUUUUUUAUUCAAAUAAAUAAUUUGAAUAAUUGAAAAAAAA